AUGGGCCAAGAGCAGUCUGCGCUAGUGAGCGGGAAAGUACCGUCCCAGACACUGACGGAUAGGUCCGUGGAAUCGAUAGCUAAACACAUCAAAGAUGGUUAUGCUACGAAGAUAGUGGUCAUGGUGGGUGCUGGCAUCAGUACAUCUGCUGGAAUCCCUGAUUUUCGAUCACCCGACACAGGUCUGUAUGCAAACCUUGCGCGCCUCAAUUUACCGUAUGCCGAAGCUGUUUUCGACAUAUCAUUCUUUAGGUCAAACCCACUUCCAUUUUACACUCUUGCCCAUGAGCUCUAUCCAGGAAAAUACCAACCCACGCUUGCUCAUUCUUUCAUCCGGCUUCUUGCGGAUAAAGGCCUGCUGAUGAAGCUGUUCACGCAAAACAUCGAUUGUCUAGACCGGGAAGCUGGUGUGCCUGCCGAUAAAAUUGUUGAGGCUCAUGGAAGUUUUGCGUCUCAGCGCUGCAUUGAAUGCAAGGAUCCUUUUCCGCUAAAUAAGAUGAAGGAGGCUAUCGCCUCACGAGCUGUCCCUCAUUGUCACAAUGCCAGAUGUAAUGGACUCGUCAAGCCAGACAUUGUCUUCUUCGGCGAAGCCUUGCCGAAAGAGUUUCAUGCAAACCGAGCAUUGGUCUGCGAAGCAGAUUUAUGUAUCAUAAUGGGUACUAGCUUGACAGUGCAACCAUUUGCAAGUCUUCCGGGGCUCUGUCAGGACGGUGUGCCUCGACUCUUGAUCAAUCUAGAGCGAGUUGGGGGUCUCGGCGCGCGGACUGAUGAUGUUCUAUUGCUUGGAGACUGUGAUGCCGGGGUUCGAAGACUUGCCGAAAGCUUGAAUUGGAUGGAAGAACUUGAAGAUAUUAUGUCACCGGCGAAGCCUUCUACGCUGAAGAAUACAAGCACAGUAAAUCAGCUUCUGCGGCCUAGAAACGAGACGCUCGAGGACGAGAUUACGAAACUCACUACCGAGGUAGACCAAUCUCUGAAGAUUUCGAAUGAUCAUGUAACAUUUUUACGAGCGAAUAUAGCACAAUAUGAGCACGACUCGCAAGGCAGUGAUAUCCACACAUCGAAGGACCACAAUACGCUUGAUCAAAAUUCUGGUGCGCCAGGGAAUAUCGAUAAGCCGCCCUUGCUAUCUAAUCCACACCAUCGGGCCUUGGGGUCGAAAGAGAAUGACAGCACCCCUGGUCAGUCACAUGAAAGACCUCCCCAAUAUUCACAGAAAUGA